UUAGUUUUGUACAAUUGUUGCAUAUUCUAUUUUGUAGAAGAUUCACCGGAGUUCUUCAAUAAUAUCAAGCUGCAUGGUAAUUCGAUUCUAUUUUCUAUUGUCUGUGUAGACUUCCCAUUUCUUAAAAGCCAUUUCUCUUUCGUUGACUAUUUGGUCAGGUGCAAUGUGUGUAAAGUAAUUUUGCUACCUGAAACGGUCUAUUCUCACUACGAAACUCGGCAUGCCACCUCUGGCAAUGUGGAAUGCACUCCUGGUUUUUUACCAUACGAAGCCGUUUCCCAGUAUAACGACGCUGUUGAUGCUUUAUCCAAGAGCGAACGCACAAGUGGAAUAAAACGCGUAAGAGCUUCUGGCAAGCGUCCCAAGCGCAGUGUUCGCGCGACCGGUCAUGAACUGUUGCAGUUUGAGGCGGUUUCUGAGACUGAUUCGCUCUCUAGUCUCACAGAUGACACAUCAAAGCGAGUAUCCAACAAUGCAAGUGAAGAAGAGACAGACAGGAUGCGAGAACCCGUACUUUUGAAGCUGGCAAAAACAGAUGGUAGCGCAGUCCAGCCAGAUGUAGGAGGGUUACUCUUACCGAAAACAGCGGAUUCGUCGUGUCCGAGCACCUGUGAGAGAUCUGUGUGGUCUGUCGUUUAUGGCACAGACCCUGGGCUAUCAGAUAUCACUAAAAAGACAAAUAUGAAGUUCGGUGCUCCAUCAGAUAGCAGUGAUGCCGAUCAGACUCUACCUGACUCUGGUUUAUGUAAUCAUUCGAGUGACUCAGGUAUUGGGUCACUCAGCCUCUCCACACUGAGGCCUUCAUCCUACCCACCGACUCCUUCUAUGACUCCUCCCUUGUCUAGCCCUGUCACUUCACACAUCUCGGAUGAGCUCUUAUUCGUCGGAAUUGGACAUAAUUUAGAUGUCAGAAGAGACCAUCGACCUGCAUCUCGUUCGUCGACGCAUUCCAGCUCAAGCGGCGGCUUCACUGGCUCUCAGGAUCGCGACUCGCGUGUUCCUUCUAGAUCAACCCUACAAAGCAUAGUGGGGAAUCAAACCCCGUGCACCACGUCACGAGGAGGUCGCUUAAAUCGCCACGUUCCAAAAAUUGGCCGUCGUUUCCAAAGGUCUCAAUCAAUGCUAGCUGACCAUUGCAUUCCAUCUUGCUCGACACUUUCGUCUUGCAUUACUGAGGAUAACGAUGUGGAAGUAGACCCAUAUACGGAUUAUUUGCAUAGAAUACAAGCGGAUACCUGCUUUAUUACCUCAGGUCCCGUGUCAGAAGUGCGUAAGCCAGCACAACAGGAUCUAGUCAACAGGAAUGGCUACCAUGCGUGGCUUAAGACCUUACGUGGGUCGCAGACUUUUCCGGCAUCUAAUGGUGCGAUAUCCAGACCAUUGCUUCAUCCACAGUUCAUUCCUCGGCACUCUAGAAAUAUGGAUGGUUUGCGCGCUGCUCAAGAUUCCCAGACAAACUCUUGGCUAGGAUCGCAUAGCGUUCCUGAAACUUUAAUCAACCGGAACUUGCUGUCUAUGCACCAGGGUGUUCCUUCGGUGAAGUGUCUCAGAACGUCGUCUUGGCGGUCCAGGCUCUCAGGCGUUCGGACGCUGAACACGAUGUCUGCAGUGAGAUGCGGUGGAAUCGCAACAAAUAUAGGUACUUCUCUUGAUCCAGCUGCCCAGUGUAACUGUGUGGAAGUGGGUGAACUGUCUUACCGUAACCCAGUAAUAUGCCCCGUGCAUCACUCGGUUGACGAAAAACAUCAGAUAGUGCGACAGAAGGACCUACGGACCUUGAUGCGUGAAGCCAGAGAGCGGGUGCAACAAGCUCGACAAAAUUUAAGUCUCCAAAAACAUAGACAAGGCACUGGAAGUUUUCAGAAUUUUGAACAGCCACAAACAGUGAUCGAUUUGACCGAAGACUUCCCAGUUUCCAAUGACGCGAAUGAUACAGUCAGUGACCCCGCCGAAGCUGAGAAACUGCGGUUGCGUUUGGUGAGUGGUGGUCAGCUUCGUCCUCCUCAUCGUGUUUUGUAUCAAGCUGCUUCCGGUGAAACCAAACAAAAUUUCACUGCUCGAACCGGCCCUGUCGAUAGUGCUGGGGCAUCCGGUCAGAAUACCUUGGCAUCUCGUCUUUCACACCGCGCGUCUCUUUGCGAUGAACCCAUGACAUUCAACCAGACAUCACCUUAUACUAAUGAGGUCACCGAAUAUGCCAUUGCCGGUGCUUGUUCUAAUGCCAAAUCGGGGUCUGGAGAGCAGUUUGUCACAAUACAACAAAACCCUCAUCUCAACGAGCCCUAUUUUGAUGAGUCCGGGGCAAUAGUAAUCGGUGAUCCAUCCACAGGAUACCCUCAAAAUAGAUUUAUCACUUUCCCUAAGCGGCAGUCUUCGGGAGUAAUGGACUUUGGAACCACUGUGAAUCGUAAGCAGCAGCGACGCCAAGUAGUCCGUCGGUCAAAUGUUGCUCCAAUUCAGUCGGUGCAACAGUGGUCUCCGCACAUUACACACCACAGCGGCGAAACUUCGGUCGUCGGUUCGCCUUUUGUUGACUCUUCGAAUCCACCGCUGCUUGACGAUAUUAUUAGCGGACAGGAAACUGCUUCGACAGAUUUGUUAUCCACGCCGUCACAGGUGGUUGACCCUCGAAUUUCUAUGCUUGCACCACCACUGGGCUCACAGGUCGUGACGAGGGGCUCGGAGUCGAUGCUCAUCACUUCGUCUGGUUCCCAGAUCUCCUACGAUGGUAGGAACUUAAUGGAAGGGCAGCCCCAUCAUAUGAUGCCGCUUAUCAAUCAGCCCGUGAUAGUUAACCGGUUCAACCGAUCAGUUUACGGUGGCACCCAUGUUAUACGUGAAACUCAGGGACGUGUAAUCGUUGAUGACAUGCGUGAGAAGUCAAUUACUGGUCGGUCCAGAAAAACGGCCAAAGGCACAUUUCGGCACGCAGCGCCUGUAUUCCCUCCGCCGAAUUACUCCACGAUCAUACCGACACGCUUCACACACCCGAUACCACAGCACCAAACCAAUGCUGCCUUCCUUGCAGUCAACCGAAAGCCUUCCACAAUAGGCCUCCUAUCUAAUCGGUCUGCAGUGGUUUCUCGAUCUCUGCUCAGCUGUUCCACUUCUGAUCUGUUUUCCAAUACUUUGGCGCAUGGAUCUGACUUUGAGUCAACGGAGACAAUCGGUUCAGUUCGUCCUCCCUUUGUUUCCCACAGCAUACUACGACCUACUCGUCUCUCUACAGUUAGAGGUUCUUCAGUCGUUGCUAGCGAUGCGGGCUCGUACCCCUCCUCCUUGGGCACAAACUUGAUGGAUUCACGCAUGGAGUCUGACCUUGUUGAUAUGGACUACUGUAUAGAAUCUUCAUCUCUUUUAUCCGCCACCAACUCACACCCAGCCCAUUCCCCCGCCCUUACAGACACGUCAGAGUACAAUAGCGAGCCGAAUGUGUCUACGACUUUCGCCCACCAAGAUUCUCGUCCGCCAACAUCCACAGCGCAUUCGCUACCUGCGGUUGGUGGACAAUCCAUUGCCACCGGUGAGAUAGUCCCUCCCUCUGUAUCCAGGAAUCGCUAUUUUGUCAUUCGACCGAAUCCACUCAGACAACCUCCAAGCUUGGUAUUGCGGGCCAAACGACCGGAGUCUUGCUCGCUUCCACAGUCAGUUAACAAACCCUCAGAUAUGUGACGCCAUCCAGCCAUGUUCAGGUUUUUUUUCGGAUCCUGAGUUUUCUGGAAUAUCAGACACCACUGUCUUCCUCCAUCUGCCUUCCAGUCACAGCUGGGUUAAUUCUCUACCGAUUUGCUUCAUUUGGCGUCCGUUAGACUAGUCUGAUCGGUCAAUACAACCAGUUUUCCCCUUACCUAGACGGUUCCCAACAGGUUUGCACAUCCCGUCUCCCAGCUGUUUGCCCCAACUAUUCCAGAUCGCCUGACUUUGUACAAUUCCUACCACGAUCGUCC